CUACCUUAGUAACUUAUCGGGAAUCAAUCUUUCCGAAAUCGUUGUUUGGUUUAUCAUAUAAAAACCGUCUCCUCUCAAGUGAUAUCUUGACUUUAUUUUUUUUUUCCUACUACACAUAUUUAUAUGAUAGAUAUUUUGAUAUACUAUACUCAAUUCAAGAUCAAAACAGAGGCAUAGAAAGCAAAGCAAAGCGAGAAUACAGAUAUAGAAAAAAGGUUGUUCAAACAGCCGUAUCCUGAAGACGAAAGACUUAGGCUGCAAGCUGCAAGCUGCAAGCUGCAAGAGUCAAGCAUCAUGUCAAUAUCAACAAUCGCCCGCGGGACCGGCACAGUGCCAGUAUACCAAACCCAAGCAUCGCUACACGAGCUCGUGACGAGAAUCGUCUCGUGUCAAUUGAUACAUUCUCUUCCAGAAGCGGACAGAGGGCUUUUCAAAGGUGCCAUCGAUAGUGGCAGCGAAGAAGACGACUAUGUUAUUGCCACCGAAGAAACGAUAUUUCAUCCUCAAGGCGGCGGACAGCCCAGCGAUAUCGGGUACAUGAAGCCCGCGGUGCCUACUUCGCAACUGGAAUCUCUAGAUGAAAUGAGGACGCCAGAGCAACACGGUCAAGAUCAAGCAAAUACACUAGAACGAAAGUACCAAGAAGAUCCACACAGACAAGACGAAAAGGCAGAAAAUAACAAACAAGGUUCAUCGAUAUUCAACGUCAAACUUGUCCGCAAGUCAACCACAGCGCCCCAAAUCAUCUAUCAUUUUGGAAGAUUUUCGUCCUCGUCACAAGAUGCCAAAGGAGGACGUCCCAAUGAUCAAGGACCUCCAAACGAACAAGUUCAACCAACAUGGCAAAAAGGCGCAUCCGUCAUGCAGACCAUCGACAGCGCCACACGCAACUACCACUCGCGGUACCACACGGGGGGGCACAUUCUGGGCCUUGCAGUCCGACAACUACAGGACCAAAUCGGACAACCCGUGUCUGAAAUCAAAGCAAACCACGCGCCGGGGAUGGCGUUUGUCGAGUUUCGGGGCCUGAUUGCCGGUGAGCACAAGGCUGCGAUUCAGGAAAGGGUGAGCGAGUUGGUGCAGCGGAGCCUUGCAGUGAAUGUUGAGUUGUGGGAUGAGGAGCAGGCAAAAGCGCGCUGUGCGGCGUUGCCAGAAGGGUUUAAACUGCCAAUUGACGGUGAUGGAAAAGUGCAGGUGCGUGUGGUAGAUGUUGAUGGCGUGGGAGCGUAUCCCUGUGGGGGCACGCAUUUGCCGACGACGCGGGAUAUUGGAGGCGUUGUGGUGAGGAAGAUCAGUAGGUCGAAGGGCGUUUCGAAGGUGUCGUAUGAGAUUACGGAUGUGUGAGUAGUGAGUAUUUAAGUAGCAGCAGCAGAGGAGUUUAAUGGGAUGGUUUUCGGUAGGGGAGGUGGAGUUGUGCCGGAUAUUGAAAUAGAUUUAGAUUUAUUAGGUUUUUUUUGGGGGAAGGGAGUCGUAGUCACGACCGCUAGCUUGAAUUCUCAAUGUCUCGUAUCAAUUAAUAGUGAAGACCUGUCUACACUCUACAUCAAUAAACAGGGAAAGGGGCCAUCCUUGGCUUGGUGAGACUGCAGCGAUAUGGUCAGAGGAUCCUUCUCUGCUCGG